CCAACCCAAAAGGAAAAAAAAAAUAGGCAAGUGUUUGAGCUCUAUCCAUCCAAAAACAAGGCCGAUUGUGGUCCUCACAGUAUAAGAAGCUGAGUUGCGCAUUGAGUUCUUCAAUUGUUCAUCCAUGGCGUCGUCUACAUCCUUAACAUCAUCAUUGGCGUCAUCUCAUUACGCUUUCUGCAUCAAAUUCCACAGACGAUGCGCCUCCUUCACUCGUUUCCGCUGCUUCCACCGCCCUCCCACCACCAAGUGGGCCACCCUCACUCCAACCCCCGGCCCCACACUCUCUAUUUCUAGAAACUUCUCCCAUCUUCCCGAUUCCCUUAAUCUCCGUCAUUUCAUGCCACGUACUUCUCUCUCUCCUCCUCACAUUCUUCCCGACACUCCAGAAGUUUCGCAGGUUCUUCAAAAGGGCCGUGUUUACCAUGAGACAUAUGGAUGUCAAAUGAACAUUAAUGACAUGGAAAUUGUAUUGGCGAUCAUGAAGAAAGCUGGUUAUACUGAUAUGGUUGAGGAUCCUGAGAGUGCGGAGGUCAUUUUUAUCAAUACUUGUGCUAUUAGGGAUAAUGCAGAACAGAAAGUAUGGCAACGUCUAAACUACUUUUGGUUUUUGAAGAGGAAUUGGAAAAUCAAUGUUGCCCAAGGAAGGUCACAGUCUGUCCGCCCUCCUAAAGUUGUGGUGUUAGGAUGUAUGGCUGAGAGGUUAAAGGAUAAGAUAUUAGAUUCGGAUAAGAUGGUAGACGUUGUCUGUGGACCUGAUGCUUAUAGAGACCUGCCGCGGUUACUUGAGGAGGUAGAUUAUGGUCAAAAAGGGAUAAACACUCUUCUAUCUCUUGAAGAAACUUAUGCUGACAUAAGUCCAGUUAGGAUAUCACAGAAUUCAAUCACUGCUUUUGUCUCUGUUAUGAGAGGUUGCAAUAACAUGUGCUCAUUCUGCAUUGUUCCAUUCACAAGAGGCAGGGAACGUUCACGUCCUGUGGAUUCGAUUGUUAGAGAGGUGGAAGAGCUUUCGAAAGAAGGGGUCAAAGAAGUAACACUUCUGGGGCAAAAUGUAAAUAGCUAUAAUGAUGCAUCUGGGGUUGAAGAGGGUGUUGAUCCUGGAACCAAUUGGGAACUUAGUGAAGGCUUUUCUAGUAUGUGCAAGGUGAAAUCAACAGGCCGGCGUUUUGCUGACCUAUUGGAUAGGCUUUCCACUGAGUUCCCUGAAAUGCGGUUCAGAUUCACAUCCCCACACCCCAAAGAUUAUCCUGAUGAUUUGCUGUAUCUUAUGCGAGAUAGACAUAAUAUCUGCAAAUGCAUUCAUUUACCUGCACAAUCUGGAAACAGUGAAGUGCUUCAGAGAAUGCGACGGGGCUAUACGCGAGAGGCAUACUUGGAUCUUGUAGAAAAAAUUCACAAGAUAAUUCCAGAUGUCGCACUAACAAGUGAUUUCAUAUGCGGCUUUUGUGGGGAAACAGAGGAGGAGUUCUCUGAUACGCUGAGUCUCAUCAAAGCUGUUGGCUAUGAUAUGGCAUACAUGUUUGCUUAUAGCAUGAGGGAGAAAACCCAUGCACAUAGAAAUUAUACCGAUGAUGUCCCUGAAGAUGUCAAGCAAAGGAGACUGACAGAAAUGAUAGAGACCUUCCGUGAGAGUACCGGUCAAAGGUAUGACUCUCAGAUUGAUACGAUCCAGCUCGUGUUGGUUGAAGGCCCCAAUAGAAGAGCUCCUGAAACUGAGCUGACUGGUAAGAGCGACAAGGGUCAUAGAGUUUCAUUUAAAAUGAUGCCUCUGCCUGAUAGAGAUAGCCAAGAUGUGAACGAGCGAACCCCUAAAGUUGGUGACUUUGUGGAAGUUAGAAUAUCGAGAUCCACUAGAGCAUCCCUGUUUGGGGAAGCUCUUGCAAUAACCAAACUGAGCUCUUUCUACAAGGUUGCAGAGCAAGAAGCCAUGGUUUGUGCUGAAAGAACUUGAGGUUGAGAUUUUCUUGCUUAGCAAUACCAUCUGUAAUUUACUCUGCACCUUCCCUCUUGUACUUGGGAAAUUUUGGUUAAAUAUAGUAUAAAUCAACCAAUUUUUCUUGUCCA